AUGCUCAGUCACAGUGACAGGAAAAAAAAAAACCUCACCACCAUAAAAGGAUGUCUGCAUAGUCUCUCUUAAAACAGCAUGCCACGGGUAACUUGCUUCAGUCUGGGCAAAUACUGACUGCUACUACACGGAGAUCUGAGCGAGCACUGAUAGAGACCUUGGUCCCCACCAAUGGAUAUAAAAAUGGCUGACAAUUUUACUAUACCCUCUACAGCUCCUCAGGGAAAUGACUGUGACCUCUAUGCUCACCAAGACACAGCCAGAAUAUUAAUGCCUCUUCAUUACUGCCUUGUCUUCAUCAUUGGGCUUGUGGGAAACUUGUUGGCCUUAGUCGUCAUUGUUCAAAACAGAAAAAAAAUCAACUCUACCACCCUCUAUUCAACAAAUUUGGUGAUUUCUGAUAUACUUUUUACCACAGCAUUGCCCACGCGAAUAGCCUACUAUGCACUGGGCUUUGACUGGAAAAUUGGCGAUGCUUUGUGUAGGAUGACUGCUCUUGUGUUUUAUAUCAACACAUAUGCAGGUGUUAACUUUAUGACCUGCCUGAGCAUUGACCGCUUCUUUGCUGUGGUACACCCUCUACGUUACAACAAGAUGAAAAGGAUUGAACAUGCGAAAGGUGUGUGCAUAUUUGUCUGGAUUCUAGUAUUUGCUCAAACACUCCCACUCCUCAUAAACCCUAUGUCAAAGCAGGAGCCUGAAAGGAUUACAUGCAUGGAGUAUCCAAACUUUGAAGGAACAACGUCUCUACCCUGGAUUCUGCUUGGUGCGUGUUUCAUAGGCUACGUGCUUCCACUUACAAUCAUUCUCAUCUGCUACUCUCAAAUCUGCUGCAAACUCUUUAAAACUGCCAAACAAAACCCGCUAGCUGAGAAAUCUGGUGUAAACAAAAAGGCUCUCAACACAAUUAUUUUUAUCAUUGUUGUGUUUGUUCUCUGUUUCACACCUUACCAUGUUGCAAUUAUUCAACACAUGAUUAAGAAGCUUUGUUUUCCUGAUCUCCUGGAAUGUAGCCAAAGACAUUCAUUCCAGAUUUCUCUGCACUUUACAGUAUGCCUGAUGAACUUCAAUUGCUGCAUGGACCCUUUUAUAUAUUUCUUUGCAUGUAAAGGGUAUAAGAGAAAGGUUAUGAAGAUGCUGAAACGACAAGUCAGUGUAUCCAUUUCCAGUGCUGUGAGGUCAGCCCCUGAAGAAAAUUCACGUGAAAUGACGGAAACGCAGUUGAUGAUACAUUCCAAGUCUUUAAAUGGAAAGUAAAAAGGAAUACAUUUUGCAUUUACAGCAAAGUAAACUGUAUGAAAAAGCUUGCAGGGCUUUUCUUAUAAAGCAAAAUGAUCAACUUCCAAUUAGGAUUCUUUUAAAUUCCUUUCAUUGGGCAAUUUUUCCCAUCUUGGAAGUAAAGUCAAAGA